AAAGUCCUGGAAAAAGCACCCACCCCCGCGGCCAUCCUUACAUUUCUCUCGUCUCCGAGUCUUCCUCCUCCAAUAACCGUCUCUGGCCUUUUCCUUUCCACGACUAUCAAAUCAGUCACAGUUCUCUUCCUGCUUGCUUUCCAAAUUUAUUCCUUCCCCUCGCGACAUCAAAGCUGACAGACAACGCAAAUCAAUCCCGAAUUCAUACAAAUAAAUCUAGUUUUUUUUUUUUUUUUUUUGUAGGAAUGGUGGCCUCAAAGCCGGGUCUGCCUUCCUGGAUUAGUGCGGCAGCAGUGACAAAGCUUGAUUUUGAAGGAAAGGAAGAUUUGCUCAAGGAGGUUGCUUCUUCUUCUUCUUCUUCUUCUUCUUAUUCUUCAAGAGAACUUGCGGAUGUGGAUUUGGGCUUUGGAGAGAGAGCAUUCGCUGCCGCCGGUGCCGCUGCCCUCUCCGCUGUCAUCGUUAACCCUCUUGAUGUCGCCAAGACAAGGUUGCAAGCGCAAGCUGCCGGAGUUCCUUAUCAGGGGCUGUGCCACAUGACAUGUUUUGACACAAACACGAUGCUUCCGGAUUUGAGAUGUUCAUCAUCUUCGCGUGCAGUUCUUGGCUCUGAAUCAGGAUGCCCUCCAGAUUGUAGCCGGUAUAAAGGAACUUUUGAUGUUUUAUACAAAGUCACACGUCAGGAAGGUUUUGCUGGGCUGUGGAGAGGCACAAAUGCAAGCUUGGCAUUGGCUGUGCCAACAGUGGGCAUCUACUUGCCUUGUUAUGACAUUUUCCGCAAUAUAAUGGAAGAUUUUACAACUCGAAAUGCACCGACCUUGACUCCAUAUGUGCCAUUAGUGGCAGGGUCAGUUGCACGCACAUUAGCUUGUGUUUCUUGUUACCCUAUUGAACUGGCAAGGACCCGCAUGCAGGCUUUUAAAGAAACCCAAACUGGCGUUAAGCCUGCUGGAGUUAGGAAGACACUGCUUGGGCUUAUCAACCCUGUGAAAAGCACAAACCUACUUCAAAAUUUGCAAAACUAUCGUAUCUUGUGGACUGGCCUCGGAGCACAACUUGCUCGUGAUAUUCCUUUCUCUGCAAUCUGCUGGUCAACUCUUGAGCCUAUUCGGAGAAGAAUGCUUGGAAUGAUGGGUGAUGAAGCAAGUGCAGCCAGUGUGCUUGGGGCAAACUUUUGUGCCAGCUUUGUUGCAGGAAGCCUUGCAGCUGCUGCUACAUGUCCACUGGAUGUAGCAAGAACCCGACGGCAGAUAGAGAAGGACCCAGUAAAGGCAUUAAGGAUGACAACAACAAAAACAUUGCUCGAAAUUUGGAGGGAUGGUGGAAUGAAGGGACUAUUUACAGGAAUCAGUCCCCGUGUUGGUCGUGCUGGACCCUCUGUCGGCAUAGUUGUCUCCUUUUAUGAAGUUGUCAAGUAUGCUUUGCAUCACAGGCUUGGAACUCAAUAAUCAGGGGAGCAUACUUACGAGAUUAUACUUAAUAAAUAAUCCGGAAGACACUCCUGGUUUGUGGUCAGCCUUCGGGAUUAUGCUUUCCGAUUUAUAAAGCUAACAGCAGUUUGCAUACUGACGACUAGCUCAAUUCUUGAAAGGAUAUAAUGUUCACACAGGAUCCUGCUACCAAGAUUGGCUUUCCGGUUUGAGAGCCAACAAAUAAUGCUUAGGCAACUAUGAUUUUUCUUUUUCCCCAUUCUUCCUAAAGCCUGGAAAUGCCAAGUUAGGAUUGUCAUUUUUUCGUUCAUGCUUAAAAGUCUGCUUUCUGCAAUCUAACAGAAAAUUCUCUUCAUUGUAAGAGAAUAUGAAAACCA